CUGCGGGGCCGCGCCAUGGAACGGGGGGGCGGGGGGCGAGUCACGCCGCGGCCGAGGCGAACGUCCCCGGAGUCUCCAGGCCCCGCCCCUGCGUGGCGAGCCCAGCCCCGCUUCCCGGCGGCCCCGCCUCGCGGCCUGGCGCGGGGCUCGCGUCGCUCCGAAGGCCGCAGCCGCCGGCCCGGAUUGUGGGUUAGUCCAAGAAUGAACAAAUGUACAAAGUCUUAUGGUGAGCAGACCACACAUCUUGAAAAAUUCAGCCCUGUGAUUCUUGCUGAAAUUGAGGAGCUCUUUGAGAAGAAGUUCUCGUAUACAAAACCAUCAAAUAGGGAAUGGCAGCUGCCAGAUUCCAGUGAUGUGUUUACCUGCAAUCACAAAGAAUUCAAUAGACUCCUUGCUCUGAAGGACUCCAUGAAUGAAGUAAAAAACCAACUGAGUGAUAAGAAAUUGGAUGCAUGGCAUCAGCACACUUCCUUCACCAACAAAGCAGGGAUAAUCAUUCCUCAUGUGAAGAAAUCUGUGAAUGCUGAGCUGUGUACCCAGGCUUGGUGCAAAUUCCAUGAGAUUUUGUGCAGUUUCCCCCUUCUCCCGAAAGAAGCUGUUCAGAAUGGAGAACUCUAUUCUGUCCAUCUCUGUGAAGCACCUGGUGCUUUUAUAGCCAGUCUCAAUCAUUACUUAAAAUCCCAUCACAUUCCCUGCAAUUGGAACUGGGUAGCCAAUACCCUAAACCCAUAUCAUGAAGCAAAUGACACCCUUGUGAUGAUUAUGGAUGACCGACUUAUUGCAAAUACCUUGCCAUGGUGGUAUUUUGGCCCAGAUAAUACCGGGGAUGUGAUGACCUUGAAACAUCUAACUGGACUUCAGCACUUCAUAAGUAAUAUGACCACUGUUCACUUGGUAACUGCUGAUGGGAGUUUUGAUUGCCAAGGAAACCCAGGUGAACAAGAAGCGCUUGUCUCACCGCUACAUUACUGUGAAGCAGUCACUGCUUUAAUGACCCUCGGUAAUGGUGGCUCCUUUGUUUUGAAGAUGUUCACUUUGUUUGAACAUUGUUCUGCCAAUCUGCUUUUUCUGCUAAAUUGUUCUUUCGAGGAGGUCCAUGUCUUUAAACCUGCCACUAGUAAAGCCGGGAACUCUGAAGUCUAUGUAGUUUGUCUUCAUUACAUGGGCAGAGAGGCCAUCCAUCCUGUGCUGUCCAAGAUGAUGCAGAACUUUGGAACAGAAAUUGUUAACAAAGCACUCUUUCCACAACAUGUGAUUCCAGAAUCUUUUCUUAAAAUACAUGAAGAGUGCUGUGCGUUCUUUCACAAGUACCAAAUAGAGACUAUAUCUGAGAACAUCCGACUCUUUGAGUGCAUUGGGGAAACAGAACAAGAAAAGCUGAACAACUUAAGGGACUGUGCAGUGGAAUUUUUCAUGCAAAGAUUCCACCUGAAACGCAUUACAAGAAAUAACUGGCUAGUGAAAAAAUCUCAUGUAGGCUGCAGCAUGAACGCAAAAUGGUUUGGACAGAGGAACAGAUAUUUUAGUACAUACAAUGAAAGAAAAAUGCUGGAAUCCCUGACAUGGGAAGAUAAGGUGGCCAAAGGCUAUCUUAAUCAUUGGGCUGAAGAGCACACUUUAAGUAAUGCUGGGAAAAGCUGCAUUUUGGAAGGGUCAUCCCGUAACCUUGAAUGUAAUUUAUGGUACAUCUUGGAGGGAAAGAGGCUGCCAAGAGUAAAAUGCUCUCCAUUCUGUGAUGGUGAUGUCUUGAAGAAUCUCAAUGAAGCCAUCAAAGAAUCAUUAGUAGGCAGACUAAAAACUAUUUCCUUUUCCAGACAAACAGAGCACCCAUGUCAUUCUUGCAGUGUUCUUACUGAGGCACUGAUACUAUCUGAGUUGUCUAGCCUUACCAAGUACCAUCAGAAAGUACCAAAUGAAGGACACAGUGACCAAAUCAAGUGUCUCAUUGUGGGCUUUCCAUCUCUUUGUGACAUCAAAACCCAGUCCAACAUGGAAGUUAGGCUCCUGGAGUCAGCCACACUCUUGACUUUCAGCUGUUCUUUGCUUCAUGAUGGAGAGCCAAAAUAUCAGCAGCAUCUUUUAGACUGCAUUCUGCAUGCGGUUAAUCAACUUCAGCUGGGAGAUGCUUUGAUUCUGCCUAUUCUUUCUUGUUUUACACGCUUCACAGCUGGCCUGAUUUUUGUACUCCAUGGCUGUUUCAGCUACAUCACAUUUGCUUGCCCCAUAGCCUCUGAACCUUUAGGGACCACUGCUGUUCUGUUGUGUAUUGGCUAUCGGGGUAUUCCAAAUCCAGUUGUUGAGUACUUGCAGGAUCUGAAUAAACUAAUGAGCUCUUUGCUCAACUCGGACUCUCCCCAGCAGGUUUUGCAGUUUGUCCCUAUGGAAAUGCUUUUGAAAGGCAUGCUGCUUGAGUUUUUAUGGGAUUUGAAUACUGCCAUUGCAAAGAGGCAGCUCCAUUUGAUUGUACAAGUUGAGCAGCGGCAAAUGUCACGUAAUCUUUAAUUUUAGUGGUUCUAGAAUCGAAUUGGUAGAUGUUUCAAAAGAUUCACUUCACUAGCUGUUUAAAGUUUUUUUUUUUUUUUUUUUUUUAAUUUUGCUAGCGUGAAUAUCACUUCAUUUUAAAACAGUGGGGAUUAUUUUAAUGUUGGGAUCCAAUUUUGGAUCGCCAUUCUACAGUACUGCCUUAUGGCAUUAGGUGUUGCCAUACAAUCCUGUAAGCAUGGGGUUAUUCUACAUGAUGGGGAAAUUGAGGCAAAAUGAAGGACUGAAAUUCUGGAGAAAGGGGAGUUCUUCUAGGUAGUGCCUUUGUACAAUCUUGUCUUCGCUCCACGUAGGCAUAACCUCACAAUGACUAUAUUUCUGUGAUGAGAUCUGACUGGAGCUUAAUUGAUGCCACUGCUGAUCAGCCAGUAGAGGCUGCUAAUUGUACCCCUUUCACGCUGUUAAUUCGAGAGCUUUGGGGACCCAAAUGUGGUAUUCAAACUUGGUAGCUGAUAGCAUUUCCAUGCUAGCUAAUCUUCCCUUUUGAUUAAAAAGAGGCUGGCUAUGCUGUUGCCCGCAGAAAGAAUUGAAAUCCUUUAACAAUAUCUCUAGAGUUGCUGAAUAUACUACUGUUUUCUGAAGCAAAUCUUGUACUGAUCUCAAAUUUAAUUUUAUAAGCUGUUGCCUUAGCAGAUCUGAAGCCAUGCUGGCAAAGGCCUCAGUUUUUCAAAAGUUACUGACUAGUGAUUUGGAUGUCUCAACUUUUGUUGCCCAACUUUAGGCAUUAAAGAAGAUUGACUUUUCAGAGUUCAGGUCUUCACCAUUUUUCUGAAAAUUUAGCACUCCUUAAAAAGGUAUUUCAAGUUGGGCACGUGCUGGCAGCUGCCAGAAUGCUAAGUGAUGCCAUUUAUAACAUACCACCAUGUAGGGCCCAGGUCAGAUGUAAAGCACAAGGGAGACUGGUUUUCUUAUCAGGAAUUUUGUGAUCGCAGAAUCCCAAGUUACAAAUCCUUGCUUUCUCAGCAGUGUAUAGGAAGGACUCAAGACUUCUGGGUUCUAUUCCCAUCUAUGAAAUAGACUUGCUGUGUGGCCUUCAAGUCACUUCACCUCCUAUGCCUUCAUUUUCCCAUCAGCUUAAUACUGUUUGAGUCUCCAAAGUGUUGAGGAUUCAUUCAUAAAGAUUUUGAGAACCUUGGGUGAAAGUGCCUAUUGGUUCUACUAUGGUAGCUGUCAGCAGGUGACCCACAACUACUGAUUUUAAUGAGAAAUGUUAUCAAGCGCAGUUUAGAAGCAGCAAAUAGUAUAUCUCACUGUAUGAAAGUUGGAAGCAUGGAACUGAGAAAAGUGAAUGAAACUUGUUGGAAGGAGGGAAAAAAGUGUGUUACGUGAGUUGAUCCUUUUAGGAGUAAAAUGAAAGAGAAAAUGAGUAAUUGACACUACUGUUCCUUUAAGGAAAAUCAGAUUUUACUUUUUCAUAUUGCUCCUUUAAGAUCUCAUUUUGAUAUCUAAUUCAUUUUCUUUAAAACUUCGUUUCCAAGAUUCUAAUUUACAUAGAAGACCUAUUCAGAGAGAGAAAUGGUAUUUAAAGGGGAAACUUGUGGAUUUAAUGUUGAUAUAAAAAUUACAUAAAUGAGUGCAUGAGAGAAAGGGGUUAGUAAAAGAAAAGACAGCCUCCUGAUUAAUUACCAGUCACCUGUGGAAAUAUUUUUAAUUACAUAAGGAAGGAGCUUGAAGUAUAUUUGAUUACCAGUAGGGAUUAAAAGCACUGUUGGAAAAACUUUUGUCUGGUGGUGCUGCACACUUAGUAGUAUUUCUUGUCACUUUGGUAGGGGUGUAGUGUAAUCUAACAUUUUGUUUUGCUUUUUGUUUACUGUAUUUGAAAGGUUUGUGAAUUGGUUAAGUCUAACUCCUUUUAUAACAUUCUAUACAGACUUUGCUUUCUGAAAUUGCUCAGAAGUGGAUCUGUUUGGCUCCUGCUUCCCCCAAACUUCUCAAAUUGGUCACUGUUUAUUUUAACUUAAUUUAAAUUAACUUCCUGUAGUUGCUCUGUGGAGAUGAAGAGAGCCUUGCCUCCUGUCAAUCACAGGCAAGCAAAACAGUUCAGCAGAUUCUUGGGGAUUCAAGAGACUAAGGCAGCAAAAGCUUCUCCAGUAAGUGAUUCUGAAAGCUUAAGAAACUUUUUUAAGAGGACCCGAGGGGCCAAAAAGGAGGCAACAUUGAGGAACAAAGGAAAAUGAAGGGGAAUGGAAGGAACAGACCUGUAAUGUGAGAAAGAAAAGGGAGGGAGGAUGGAUCUGAGAGGGCAGCAUGAUUAAAAACCUCAGGUAUAGUACCAUAAAUUCAGUAUUCACAAAUGAUCCUUCUAUUUUGCUCAUUCUCCUAAAUACAGGGAAACAGAAGUAUCACCAUCCAUCAAAAAGCAGUGUUCCCUCUCCCUAUCCCCUUUGUAAUUUGUGGGAUUAUAGAGGGUUACCUUAAUCUGUUUGUAUCCUGCUCUAGCCAACCCAUAUGGGAAAUUACUUCUUCUGAAGCAGAAGCACAUACCUACGUAUCUGGAAGUAUUGUAGAUGUAUGUUUACAUUGUCACAAUCUAUAUUUUGGAGUAGUAAAAAGUCAAAAGGUCUCCCAUAUAGUUCUUUCUGGGCUUAACGGGACAUCUGUAACCUUAGAAAUCUGACUUCUGUCUGAUUUUUUUUUUUUUUUUUUUUAAACCUACUGUUGCUGCAAAUAAAUCCCAGAGAUGACUAUACCUGUAGGACAAAUACAAAAACUUUUUUUCUCUUUUUUUUUCAGUUGUCUGCUUUGUAUCUUUGACAGCACUCUGUCAGUUUCACUGUUUUCCCUCUACCAUCAGUCAGUAUUCCCCAUUUGUAUGGGCCUUUCACAUAGCAAUGGUGGAAGAUGGACUUUUUUUUUUUUCUUUAAUGAAAUGUGGUUAUAAAGCCACAAAAAUUGACGGGAAGACUGAGGCAGAUAUACUUCAUGAAAGUACCUUUAACUCUCUGGAAGUGACUACACAUUGACACGGUCCCUUGAGGUGCCUCUCUUCUUCCAUACUUUCUGAAAGCCAUCUUUCCAGUAUCCAGAAAUUAAAAACAGGAGGCAUAACUUGACUUGGGGCCAGAUUUUCAAGAGAGUUUAGCAGCCAACGUACUUCCAAAGUGCUUCUCAUGAAAAUCUGAUUGCCACCUCCCAGAGGAGAGACAUAGGGGGAGGAUGUCUUAGAUCGUUUUAUGGGGUGAAAUCCUGGCCCCAUUGAAGUCGAUGGGGAAUUUUUCAUUGACUUCAGUGGGGCCAGGAUUUCACCCAUGGAGUCUGAGUGCUGGGUUCUGGUCCACAUUCUUCUGGCAGAGUGAUCCAUAAAGCUCACUUUCAAAUAUGGAAGAUUCCAACGAUGUUGGCACAAAGGCUUUGUGACUCCACCCUACUCAUGGAGCCUGUGUGUUCUCCACCCUCUCCUGGGCACAGAAAUCCUGUGGUCACAGCUGCCCCUUGGAUCUUUCUUUAAUGGGGGAUUCUCCGUGGUGGAGGAGUCUCUGUGAGAGUCCCAGUCUACAUGUUUUUAAAAUAAAAUCACUGAAGUCUAAUCAAAGUUAGGAGACUCAAAGUUAGGACUGUUGCUUUGUCCUUUUAUUGUGAACGUUGUGGGUUGAUUGAGUCUUAAGACCAAAGACUCCUCAAAAAAACAAGUAACGUUUACGUGUUUCCAUUGUGCCUUUUGUGGAAGUCA